AUGGCUUUGAGUUGUGAGUCCUACGAGUGGAAGUAUUAUGUGUUCUUGAGCUUUAGAAGGGAAGAUACCCGCAUGAGUUUCACAAGCCAUCUCUAUGAUGCUUUAUGUCAAAAAGGAGUUAACACUUUCAUAGACUACAAGGAACUCAAGAGGGGAGAAAAAAUUUCACCUUCACUUUUUGGUGCUAUUGAAGCCUCUAGGAUCUCAAUUGUCAUAUUAUCCAAGACUUAUGCAUCUUCCACCUCUUGCUUAGAUGAACUCCUUAAAAUCCUUGAGUGCAAGGAUUCCAAAGGUCAUCUUGUUUUUCCUGUUUUUUAUCACAUUAAUCCAUCUCAGGUAAGAGAACAGAAGGGAACCUUUAAAGAAGCUUUGACCAACCAUGAACGCAACUUCAAGAAUGAUGUGGACAAGGUGAAAAGGUGGAGGGAAGCUCUAAGUGAAGUAGCUACUUUGUCUGGGUGGCACAUAAAUGGGUUGGAAUCUAAGUUUGUCAAAAGAAUUGUUGAAGAGAUAUUGAGUAAGUUGAAUCGCACAUAUCUAAGUGUUGCUAAACAUCCUGUUGGUCUGGAUCCCCCGGUGAAUGAUAUUAAAUCACUUUUGGAAACUGGAUUAGAUGAUGUGCGGUCUAUUGGAAUCUAUGGAAUUGGGGGAAUAGGGAAAACUACAGUUGCUAAGGCUGUUUAUAACCACAUUGCUAAUCAGUAUGAGGGUAGUGCUUUCAUUGCAAAUGUUAGAGAUGUUUCGAGUCAAAGAUUUGGCAUAGUUCGGCUACAAGAAGCACUUCUUUCAGGGGUUUUGAACCAUGGAUAUUUUAAAGACAAAGAGUAUGUGAGAAUGAUACUAGAUGGUAGUGAACUGUACUCAGAUAUUGGAAUUGGAAUUUUAAUGGAUAAAUCUCUUAUUACUGUAGAACUGAACAAGCUUUGUAUGCAUGAGUUGCUACAGGAAAUGGCUAAGGAAAUUGUUCGCUGUGAAUCUCCCAAAGAGCCCGGAAAACGUAGCAGACUCUGGUUUCAUGAGGAUGUUCUUCAUGUAUUGAACCAAAAUAUGGGAACUAAUAACAUUGAAGGAAUAAAGCUAGAUCUACCUGAACCAAAUGAUCAGGUCGGCAUAAGUGGAAAAGCAUUGGCAAAAAUGAAAAGACUUAGAUUUCUGAUGAUCAAUAAUGCACAAUUUUCAGAUGACAUUCAAUAUUUAUCUAAUGAGCUAAGACUAAUUGAUUGGCCGGGGUAUCCUUCUUCAACUCUACCACCAACCUUUCAACCAAAGAGGCUUGUUUCUUUAAAUCUGAGUCAUGGUCGCAUCAAAAACUUGUGGAAGGGAGUUAAGAUAUUCAGAGACUUGAAACUUGUCACCUUUAGCGGCUGUGAGUACCUCACUGAAAUUCCUGACUUUUCAAUGAUUCCAAACCUUGAGAGUCUCAGCUUAGAUCAUUGUAAACGUUUAACUAAGGUGCAUGAGUCAGUGGGAUCUCUUGAUAAACUUGUUGCUUUAGACUUCCUAUUAUGCUCCAACCUCAAGAACCUUCCAAGUUGUUUCAAGUUAAAAUCUCUACGUACUUUUAUCCUUACUGCCUGCUCAAAAGUUAGAAAGUUCCCUGAGAUUGUCGAAAGAAUGGUGCAUCUUGACGAACUGCUUCUCCAAGGGACUGCCAUAAAAGAACUACCACAGUCAAUUGAAUAUCUAAAUGGGCUGAAAGCGUUACUCUUGAAUUCUUGCCAAAAGCUUGAGCAUCUCCCUAGUAGCCUUCAUAAUUUGCAACAACUUACAGCACUUGGUCUCAGUGACUGCUGGAGCAGCAUCCCAGAUUGGUUUCAUCACCAGAGUACUAAUGGUUCAAUUUCUCUUGAGGUGUCUUCAAGGUUGUAUGGUACAGAAGUGGAGCUGCUUUUCGGUGCAGUUUUUGAGUUGGACAAAGGUGCUAUUACAACUGGUAUGUUUUCAUGUGUAUACGAGGUUACAAUCAAUGAUCAAAAGACCCUUGUUAUAGCAACAAGUUUUGACUCAUUGGAUACAAGUCAUGUGUGGCUGACUAAGAUCAAUACUGGUCGUUUGAUAUGGCCCCUCAAGAGUAUCCAUCGUCAAAAUUACUUUAGGAUUUCGUUUGGGAUAUCUGAUGUCUCGUCAAAGGUGAAAGUAAAAGCAUCCCUUAAGAGUUGUGGUUUUCAUAUAUCAUCCAAGAAAGAAAUGUAUCUUAUUGAUCAUGAGACAGUUAGGAAGUACACAGGGAAUGAACAGUAG